AAAAAUUUGAAUUACAGGUUCAUGAAGAUUAUGGUUUUGGACCCUGUAGCCUUUCUCUUGCUGUGAACUACCUGGAUCGUUUCUUAUCGAGAGACAAAGAUUGGAGUGUGCAAUUGUUGGCCUUAGCAUGUUUGUCAAUUGCUGCUAAAAUGGAGGAGGGUCAGACUAAAGUGCCUGAAUCUGCAGACAUAAUUGGAAAACCAAAGUUUAUAUUUGAAGCUAAGGGUAUUCAAAGGAUGGAAUUAUUGGUAUUAAGCCAUUUGAAUUGGAAAAUGCAAUCUAUAACUCCAUGUUCCUUUGUCGAUUACUUUCUCAGAAAGAUGACUAACGACCCUUAUCCCACCGAUUCAUCCAUGCUGAGAUCGUUGGAACUAAUUCUCAGCAUAACUAAAUGUAUUGAUUUAUUGGAAUUCAAGCCUUCUGAAAUUGCUGCAGCUGUUGCAAUUUUUGUUUCAAAGGAUUUGCAAGAAAGUGAUAUAAAUCAUACUUUGACUCGAUUCGCUAUUGUUGACAAGGACAAAAUUUUGAAGUGUCUUGAAGUGAUGAAAAAUGUAAAUUUGGCCAAAGUUUCACUUGAUUUAGGAAGCGAUUCAGAAGAAUUUGAACCCGGAAGCCCUAUAGGGGUGUUAGACGCUGCAUGUGUAAGCUCUAAAAGUGAUGGAAUAACAGUUGAAUCAUCACAUACAAAUUCUACCCCUGAAAAUCCAAUUACAAAGAGGCUCAAAUUCUUCCAUGAUGGAACUCUCUAGUCAUGAAAAUUGAGCAUUUACCUCAUCACCAAAGCUCUUUUGGUUUGGUUGAAUGAGAGUUUAGUGUGGUCUUUGUAGGAAUUGGUAACACACUCAAUGGGAGUGUGUUUUUUGAAUUAAUAAGAAUUUGAUGAAUUUCAUGCUUGUAGCAUGAAGAGAAGGUGCUGCUAGUUGUUACAAUAAAAAAACAUAUUUAUAGAGACAGCAAUUUUUUAGUGAAAUAAAACUUUUUGAUGAGAAA